GACCGAAUCAGAGGGAGGGAAUACUCUUCGUUCCAUUGGCUCAGGUGAAUCAGGUGGGCGGCACGAAGGGUUUGAUUGGGUGUAGUCUUUUCACGGUUUGUUCUCAGUUAUUCAUCAAGGCGUUUACCUGAAAUAUACCUGGAAUAUUAAUCCGUCCGCAGAAGGAUUCGAGGAAACGUUAAGAGACUUGUUUUUUUUUAUUCUCCUGCACUGCUCCGCUUUCAGUAUCAGUCGAAGAAGUCACACGGGGGAUAUAACGUAACCGAGGCGGCGGGGGGGGUACUUUGUUUUCCUAACUUUAGAGAUACCUCACUUCUGGCUCCGAUCCAGUUGGUCAGCUCGCACGGACAGGAUUUUUUUGCGCGCAGACAGAAUGUCGCCGAUGUUACAGAUUUAUGCCAUUUGGAGCGCAACAGUUUUUUUGGCUGCUUUCGCUCAGCAAUGUGGCCAACCUCCGCUCGCGCAGAACAGGAUCGUGGGGGGGCAGAACGCCCCUGUGGGGGCCUGGCCGUGGCAGGUGGACAUACAGUCAAGCGGUGCUCACAUCUGUGGAGGUUCCAUCAUCACUGAGAGCUGGAUCCUAUCAGCCGCCCAUUGUUUCGCAAAUCCGUCCGACGUGGCCUCCUACACCAUCUAUGCCGGCCGGUACCAGCUGAACGGCUUCAACGCGAACCAGAUGACGCGUUCCGUGACGCAGGUGGUGAUUCCGACCGGUUACACCGAGCCUCAUCAAGGGAAGGAUUUGGCGCUGGUCCAGUUGUCCAGCCCGGUGACCUGGUCCGAUUAUAUCCAGCCGGUGUGCCUGCCCGACGCUGGCACCCUGUUCCCGAGUGACAUGCUGUGCUACGUCACCGGCUGGGGCUACACGCGGGAAAAUGUCCCUCUGGCAGGCGCCGGCACUCUGCAAGAGGUGCAAGUGCCAAUCGUCUCCCAGAGUUCGUGUCAGUCGAUGUACGCAACGAACCCGACGGAGCCGGUGGACAUCCUGUCCGACAUGAUCUGCGCUGGAUUCGCGCAGGGCGGCAAGGACUCCUGCCAGGGGGAUUCCGGAGGGCCUCUCGUCUGCUCCAUGGUAAACGGCACCUGGGUGCAGGCCGGCGUGGUGAGCUUUGGAGUGGGCUGUGCGCGCCCCAACCAGCCGGGCGUGUACGCCCGGGUGACCACCUUCUCCAGCAUCAUCCUGGACACGGUGCCGGGGAUCCAGCUGUAUGGCCGGGCUGAUCGGGUCGGGGGUGGCGGGUGGGCCCUGCUGGCCGCCCUGCUGGUUCUGCUCCAGAGGUAGAGAGCUGAGAGGCAGAAUAUACGGGAGGUCGAACGCAAUGAGAACCAAAUGAAGGAUGAGCUUAAAUAAAUGUGACCCGUGUCCAAUGUUAUCCUGAAAAGUAGAAUUAGAAACUUGUACCUGUCCAAAUUAAGCCAUAUUUAACAAACUGGUAUAAUCUUAAUUUUAGAACUAAGCAGUUUUGUACUUUAAAUCGGUGAGCUAAAUUUUUUCUAUUCUUGAAAUAAAAUGUUCAUUUGCUUUGUUAAAAUCAGUUUGGUGCUCUGUUCAACUUCUAAUGGCAGAGUUUGGAAAUGUUUUUGCUGUAUCAGGUUGUUUGGGAGCUUCAUCAAGCUUCAUCAAGUGUUCUUGGUUUGUCCCAAAUACACCAACUUUUAACUAAGUACUUCAGCGGCUUCCUUUGAAACAAGAUCAAUAACAUACCUGUAUGUAUCAAACCUUUUGUAAUGUGAAGUUUAUUGUUUUUAUUUUAAAUAAAAUGCAAUGUUGAAAUUACA